AAAUCGGAUUUAUUCCCGCUUUUCCCUGCUUUUCCCUGGGUUUUGGGACUCGUUGUGGUGCAGGACAUCCCUAGGAAGGAUAAAGGUGUUGGGAUGAGGAUCCUGGAAAAGCGACUUCCAGCCUCUUCGAGGCGGCUGUGUCCAAGGAAAACAGGGAAUAAAUGGGAUUUAUUAAUCGGGAAUCCACCAGCGACAAGGAAAAUCAGGAAGUCAAUGGGAUUCAUUCCCGUUUUUCUGGCUCUGGAUGGAAAAGAGGACUUCUGCUGUUCCAGGGGGUUGGGAAAGGUUUUUAGGGAUGGAUCGGGAUAAAAAAGAGCCCAGGAUAAGCAGGAAUAACAAUCCCUGGCAGGAAUUUCCCUGGAAUUCUCUCCUGGAACACCAGUCCCAGGCAGAUGUUUCCUGCUGGGCUCUGGCUCUAGGAUGUUGGAGAACCGAGAGGAAGAGCUGACCACGGUGCGGGUGCAGGAUCCCCGCGUGCAGAACGAGGGCUCCUGGAAUUCCUACGUGGAUUACAAGAUCUUCCUGCACACCAACAGCAAGGCCUUCACUGCCAAGACCUCGUGUGUGCGGCGCCGCUACCGGGAAUUCGUGUGGCUGAGGAGGCAGCUCCAGAGGAACGCCGGAUUGGUGCCGGUCCCGGAGCUGCCGGGAAAAUCCGCGUUUUUCCUGGGAAGCGCCGAUGAAUUCAUCGAGAGGCGGCGGCUGGGCCUGCAGCGCUUCCUGGAGAGGGUGCUGCAGAGCGCCGUGCUGCUCUCCGACAGCCGCCUGCACCUGUUCCUGCAGAGCCAGCUGCCCCCGGCCGCCAUCGAGGCCUGCGUGCAGGGCCGGGCGCCGCUCUCGGUGACACAGGCCAUCGUGCGGCACGCGCGGGGACAGCGCGGGGACAGCGCGGGGCUGGCCUGGGGACAGCGCGGGGACAGCGCGGCCAUGCCCGGAGCCAGCUGGGCCGGGCUGGGAAGCGCCCAGGGCUGCCCGGAGAGCUUUUCCGACUGGAGUGACUUCGGCAUGGACGAGGCGCGGCCGGAGAGCCCGGAGCGUCCGGCCGGACACGGAGUGACCCCUCUGGAGAGCCCGGAGCGUCCGGCCGGACACGGAGUGACCCCUCUGGAGAGCCCGGAGCGUCCGGCUGGACACGGAGUGACCCCUCUGGAGAGCCUGGAGCGUCCGGCCGGACACGGAGUGACCCCUCUGGAGAGCCCGGAGCGUCCGGCCGGACACGGAGUGACCCCUCUGGAGAGCCUGGAAUUCCCGGCUGGACACGGAGUGACCCCUCUGGAGAGCCCGGAGAAGCCCCGGGAUGUCCGGCCGGGCAUGGAAUGACCCCUCUGGAGAGCCUGGAAUUCCCGGCUGGACAUGGAGUGACCCCUCUGGAGAGCCCAGAAUUCCCAGAAUUCCCGGCUGGACACGGAGUGACCCCUCUGGAGAGCGCAGCAUUCCCAGAAUUCCCGGGAAUUCCAGGAAUUCCAGACACCCUCAGGCCCCACAGCCCUCGCUGGGAGAGGGAUCAGCGCGGAGCCCCGGGAUGGACGGACUGGGAGCGCUGGGAACGCGGCUCCAUUGGAGAUUCCCGAUAUUCCCUGGCAUUCCCUGGGAUCCCCUGGUAUUCCCAGCACUGUUUUCCUUGCUCUGCUCCUGCCUCCAAACCCUCUGGAAUUCCCAAAGCGGGACAACCCGAGCCGAGCUUCCCGGCGGGAAGAGGGAGGGAUGGGGCUGGAAUUUGUGUCCCCCUUCCUGCUGGGGCUUUUCCAGGGAUUUUUGGGAAAAGCGGGAGCGGCUCGGGGUGGGGUUGGUGCCUCCCCCUCCCUCAGCACGGGGUGUGGGCAGGAAAUAAAAAACAAUAAAAAUUAAAAUAC